AUGAUGGAAGGGGGUUCCUCGGGGAAGAAAAAAAGAGCUGCUAAGAGACAAGAUCAUGACUUUGCACAGUUGAUAUUUUCAUGGUCUCUAGAUGACAUACUCAAUGACAACCUUUAUGAAAACCAGGUGGAUAAAUUACCACUUACUUUCCAAUAUGAAGAACACUACUUUCGUUCUUUUAUGUAUCCUUUGCUUGAGGAAACACGUACUGAAUUGGCUUCCAGUAUGAAGAUGAUGUAUAAAACUCCAUUUUCUGAAAUUUCUUCUUUUAAGAAGGCCAAAGGAAAAGAGAAAAUGAUAGUUUGGGCAGUACAUGUGAACCCUGGAUUUAACAAAUGGAGAACCCUGGAUUCUUGGCAAAAGGUAUCAUGUGGAAACAGAAGCAUAACACUAAGAAGUAGAAACAAUAAGUUUAUGACACGCAAAUUCGUGUCGUCUUCAUUUAUGGCAGAGGCUUUAAUGAUAUGCAAUGCGUGUCAUAAACGUGCGUCAUAA